CAGUGUUAUACCUGUGACCUAGCUAGCUAGCUUUGACAUAUAUAUAUAUAUAUUUUGAAACAAAGUUAAGAAAAUUAAAGAAAGCAUGGAGGACAGAAGUAUAGGAAGAAAGGGUAGCUUUAGGUUGGGGUUGGGAAUGGAUGGGAAAAAGGAUCACAGUGUGGUUGAGCUUGGUAGCAUCGACACACAAAGACUUCUUCUAAGCAAUGGAGAGAGAGAAAAAAAAUUGCAACCCCUCACCAACUCUCUCUCUCCAAGGCAAAUGAAAUCUCUCACUGCUCUCUGUGACACUAUCUUACCUUCUGUCGCCAACCACUUUGUGGACUCCUCUGAUGAAUCUGUCACCAAGUUUUACCAGAUUUCAGCUUCCAUGACUGGAACACCUGAACGUUUUGGGGGCAUGAUAAGUGAGAGAUUGAAGCACCCAUUGACAGGGUUACUGAAGUUUGUGUUAUGGCUGUUGUCAACGUGGUAUGGGACAUUAAUUUUCUGUGGCAUUGGGUGCCUCUCAACCCAAUUCCCCUUCAUCCACACCUAUCCUCACUUAUCUCUACAGAAACGCCAAAAGAUUAUGCGUUCAUGGUCUCUCAGUUACCUUCGUCACUUUAGAAUGCUCUUCAGGACCAUCAAACUUCUCACUCUCCUAAUCUUCUUUACUCAGAUAGAUGAAUCAGAAGACAACGUUGCAUGGAAAGCAAUAGGAUACUGCGGACCUGAUCCAGAAUUCAAAGCUCAGUUGAAGAACCACUUUUUAGAUGGAACAUCUAAAGGAGGAGGGCAAGAGGAUAAGGAAGAAGAUGAAGAUGCUGAAGAGAUGAUAGGACCCCUUUACAAAGGUCUAGUCCAUCUGAACUACCCACAAGACAUCACUGCAGAUGCUCUAAGACGAUUCGGAUUCCCUGUAUCGGUCAUCCGUAGGAAGCAUAAAGCUGCUGCCGCAAACUUGUCAUGUCCUUCUUUGGUGAUACAAUGUGAUGCAGUGGUGGUUGGUUCUGGCUCAGGAGGUGGAGUUAUCGCUGGUGUUCUUGCAAAAGCUGGUUACAAAGUGCUGGUGUUGGAGAAAGGAGGCUAUUCUGCUAAGAACAAUCUUUCUCUUCUUGAAGGACCAACCAUGGAUCAAAUGUACCUCAAUGGUGGUUUGGUUGCAAGUGAUGAUAUGGGUGUGUUUAUUCUAUCAGGAUCCACUGUUGGUGGAGGGUCAGCAAUCAACUGGUCUGCAUGCAUUAAAACCCCACAGCAUGUGUGCAAGGAGUGGUGUGACAAACAUGGUCUAGAGUUGUUUGAGAGUGAAUUGUAUAGAGAAGCCUUGGAUGCUGUCUGUGGGAAGAUGGGAGUUCAAUCUGAGAUUGAAGAUGAAGGAUUCAACAAUGCAAUACUAAGAAAAGGGUGUCAAGAAAUGGGGUAUCCUGUUAAUAACAUUCCUAGGAAUUCUCCUUCAAAUCACUACUGUGGCUGGUGUUGCAUGGGUUGUAAGGAUGGGAGGAAGAAGGGUACCUCAGAAACAUGGUUGGUGGACUUGGUGAAAUCUGGCAAUGGAGCAAUUCUUCCAGGUUGUGAGGCAAUAAAAGUAUUGCACAAGAAAAAGGAAGGAAAGGAUAGAAAGAUUGCGCGUGGAGUGGCGUUUGAGUUUGAAUAUAAAGGAACUAAAGACGUUUGUGUGGUGGAAUCCAAAGUCACAAUUGUAGCAUGUGGAGCACUGAGUACUCCAGCAUUGCUUAAAAGAAGUGGCUUGAGGAACCAGAACAUAGGGAAGAACUUGCAUCUUCAUCCAGUGGUAAUGGCAUGGGGCUACUUCCCAGAUGCACCUGAAUCUGAGGUGUGGCCAGAGGCAUAUAAGAAGAGCUAUGAAGGAGGGAUAAUGACAGCAAUGUCAACUGUUGUUGCAGAGUUUGAACAAUCUGGAUAUGGUGCAGUGAUCCAAACACCUUCAUUGCAUCCUGGUAUGUUCUCAAUUGUCACACCAUGGACUUCUGGAAUUGAUAUAAGAGACCGAAUGCGGAAGUUUUCUAGAACAGCUCAUAUAUUUGCACUGGCAAGGGAUCAAGGAUCAGGGACUGUAAAAGCACCAGACCGUAUCAGUUAUAAGCCUGCAGAUGUAGAUGAAGAGAAUUUAAAGAAAGGAAUUGAGAAGGUGCUGAGAAUUCUGGCAGCAGCUGGUGCUGAAGAAAUUGGAACACAUCAUAAUAAGGGGAGGACCUUAAAUGUAAAGCAGGUGAGCUAUCAUGAGUUUGAGAAAUUUGUUAAAGAGGAAAGUUCAAGGUCAUUGACAGACCUUACAACACCAUUGUGCUCAGCACAUCAAAUGGGGAGUUGCCGGAUGGGUUCUAAUCCAAAGCAAUCAGUGGUGAAUCCAACAGGGGAGACAUGGGAAGUGGAGGGCCUUUAUGUGGCAGAUGCAAGUGUCUUCCCAACAGCAUUGGGUGUGAAUCCAAUGGUUACUGUUCAAGCUAUUGCUUAUUGCACAGCACAAUCUGUUGUUGAAGUACUUAAAAGGAAAAGAAGUAAAUGAGAAGAAAAAAAAAUCUUUUGCUGCUUUCUGUAGCUCCAAUGGAACUGAAUAUUCAUAGCAUUGGGGCAGAAAACCUUGUUCAAAUAAUAAUUGCUUGGUGACAAAAGCAAUGGUCGAAAUUUAACAACUUCAUAGUUUAUUUUAUAUUUUGUGCAUAUAUUUUAUUAUAAUCUCAACUGUUGAUUUUUAAAUCAAUGGCUAUUACUGUA